CUGUACCUGUUCAAAGCAUUAUCUCAUCGUCUGCACCAACUACCACAGAACAUGCUUCAACUGAAAUGUUAACUACUGGUUACUCAACUAGAGAGGAAGCAACUACUGGUUACUUACCUACAAGUGCUUCUGCUUCAAACGUCCAAAACAGUCCCUCAACACCAGUACCAACCCCAUUCAAUACCACAGAACAUGCUUCAACUGAACAGUUAACUACUGAACACCUAACCUCUGACCCACUGACUACUGUACCUGUUCAAAACACCCCCUCAACACCAGUACAAACUACAUUCAACACCACAGAACAUACUUCAACUGAACACCUAACCUCUGACCCACUGACUACUGUACCUGUUAAAAAACCAACUGCAUUCAAUAUCACAGUAAAUGUUACUAAACAGUUGACUACUGAACUCCUAACCUCUGACCAAGCGACUAUUGUACCUGUUCAAAACAAUAUCUCUAUAUCUGUACCAGCUUCAUUGAUUUCCACAGAACAUGUUUCAUCUGAACAGUUAGCUAAUGAACACCUAACCUCUGACCCAGCAACUACUGUACCUGUUCAAAGCAAUAUCUCUAUAUCUGUACCAGCUUCAUUGAUUUCCACAGAACAUGUUUCAUCUGAACAGUUAACUAAUGAACACCUAACCUCUGACCCAGCAACUACUGUACCUGUUCAAAGCAAUAUCUCAAUGCCUGUACCAACUACAUUAACUAGAGAGCAAGCAACUACUGGUUACAUACCUACAAGCGCUACUUUCAAUACCACAGUGCAUGGUUCUACUGAACACACAACCUCUGAUCAAGCAAUUACUGAACCUGUUCAAAACACUCCUACAUCUGUACCAGUAAUAUUCACUACCACAGACCAAGUGACUACUAGUUACAUACCUACAAGUACCUCGACUGCACCUGUCCAAAAUACUCCCUCAUCGUCUGUACAAACUACAUUCAACACCACAGAACAUACUUCACCAGAACAGUUAACUACUGAACUCCUAACCUCUGACCCACUGACUACUGUACCUGUUCAAAAACCAGCUACAUUCAAUACCACAGAACAUACUUCACAAGAACAGUUAACUACUGAACUCCUAACCUCUGACCCACUGACUACUGUACCUGUUCAAAACACCCCCUCAACACCAGUACAAACUAUAUUCAACACCACAGAACAUACUUCAACUGAAAUGUUAACUACUGGAUACUUACCUAUACGUGCUUCUGCUUCAAACGUCCAAAACAGUCCCUCAACACCAGUACCAACCACAUUCAACACAACAGAACAUGCUUCAACUGAACAGUUAACUACUGAACACCUAACCUCUGACCCACUGACUACUGUACCUGUUCAAAACACCCCCUCAACACCAGUACAAACUACAUUCAACACCACAGAACAUACUUCACCAGAACAGUUAACUACUGAACUCCUAACCUCUGACCCACUGACUACUGUACCUGUUAAAAACACGACCUCAACGUCUGUACCAACUACAUCCAAUACCACAGUGCGUGUUUCCACUGAAGAGGCAACUCCUGAACGCUCAACCGCUAACCAAGCCACUACUGCUUACUUACCUGCAACAACUGUUGGAAACACUCCCUCAACACCAGUACCAACCAUGUUCAAUGCCACAGUGCAUGUUUCUACUGAACACCUAACCUCUGACCCACUGACUACUGUUCCUGUUCAAAACAGUCCCCCAACGUCUAUACCAACUACAUUCAAUAGAACAGACCAAGUUUCAACUGAACAGUUAACUACUGAACACCUAAAUACAGAAAGUGCACUUACUGUACCUUUUCAAAGCAUUAUCUCAUCGUCUGCACCAACUACCACAGUACAUGCUUCAACUGAAAUGUUAACUACUGAACACUCAACUACAGAGAAAGUGACUACUGAUUUCUCACCUACAAGAGCUUCUAAUGCUAAUGUCCAAAACAUUUCCUCAACGUUUACCAAGUACAUUCAAUACCACAGCAUGUUUCAACUGAAGAGGCGACUACUAAACACCUUACUACUGAGAAUGUAAAACAUCAAUCAACAACUGAGACUGCAGACACAGAAAUGCAACACAGCAUUACACAAGUGACUACUGAACAUACUUUAUAACCACAGUGGCUGAGACUGCCCCAUACAGUACUACAGGGCCUGUCAGUCUCUCCACUGUUAUGCCAAAUGAAAACAGUCAAGGUUUAAGUCCAGGUAACUUUCAUCAUUAUAUCACAAUUAUUGACAUGUUGAAAGCCUAAUAGUCUAUUUUUUGUUUGGCUGUGGAUUUAUGUUGCUUCAAAGAUGUUAUAUUACAGAGCAGAGGUAUAAAUGC